AUGAAGAGUAACAUGAGUGUGAAUCCUUCAUAUUUCCAGUUCUCUCUGUUUGCAGAUUAUGGGUCCCUCAGAUAUCUGUUCUUCAGUCUGUGUCUGCUGAUCUACAUGACUAUAAUCUCUGCUAACGUUGUGAUUGUUCUGGCAGUGUUCCUGGACAAGUCUCUGCAUCAGCCCAUGUAUAUUUUUAUCUGCUGUCUGUCUGUAAACUCUCUGUACGGCUCAGCCGCCUUCUUCCCCAGGUUUCUCAUGGACAUUGUGUCUGAUGAUCAUUUCAUUCCCAGAGCAGCUUGUUUCACUCAGGUUUAUGUUGUUGGAACUUAUCUGACACACGAGCUAACUCUCCUCGUCAUCAUGGCCUAUGACAGAUUUGUUGCUAUUUGUCAGCCUUUACACUAUCACAGUAAAAUGACAGCUAAGACGGUGCUCUGUCUGAUCAUUAUUUCAGUUCUCUAUCCGGUAUUUCUUGGUGGAAAUGUAAUACAUCAACUCCUCUCUAUUCCGUUUUGUGGCAAUAAGUUGCACAAGAUUUUCUGCGCUUACAGACCUUUGUUGCGGCUGUCAUGUGAGGACACAACAAAGAGGAUUAUUUUGGGUGAGACUCUAAGUAUGACAACAGUCUUCAUCACAAUGUCCUUUAUCCUCUACACCUACCUGCGCAUCCUGCUGGUCUGCAGGAGAGGCUCGUCUGACGUCAGAGGAAAGGCCUUACAGACCUGCCUGCCUCACAUAGUCUCAUUUGUAAAUUACUGCAUCUCAUGUUACUGUGACUUUGCACUGACUCAACUGAGGUUGGAUCAGAAAAAUACAUUAGUAAUAGUUGUUUUAUCUCUGGAAUAUCUGAUCAUUCCUCCCAUCAAUAACCCUCUAGUUUAUGGUCUGAGUCUGCCCCAGAUCAGAGGAGUGAUCUUUAGACGUUUAAGGUGUUGCAAAGUCAUUAUUGCUGUGAAACCAAAACCCAAAGAGUCACAGAAAGGCAAAGAAAGCAUAAAAUAA